AUGCAUCCACAGCAAAAUUCUUCGAGGGACGUGCUGGACGCCAUAAGCUUCUAUCUGAACCUUCGAAGCUCGCCGUUCACUGAAGUCCUUGAUAAUGUCCCGUUGAGAAAUCGCGAAAUAUCAUCGUCCGUGUUGUCUGUGUGUUGCCAUGGGAGAACCACUUUCCAGGGAGCUCACCAUCAUAGCUUGACAGCUGCUCAGGAGGACGGCCCGUUUAUAUUCUCGGACGAUGAUUCGCGGGUCGAUCGGACUCUUUUGACCCUUGUGAGGCCAGAUAAGGCGGGCCUGCACGUGAGGGACUUUCAUGGUCAGUGGGUUCUUGUGGAUGGUGAACUUGGGCCUCGGGAUGUGAUUGUGUAUCCUGGGCUGGCACUGUAUCAGGCGACUGCGGGCUAUAUAAGCCCAGCUACGUAUCGGAUGGAUUGCGGUGGGCUGCAGGGUGGUUUGUAUGGGCGUUGUUCGGUGUCGUUCAAGCUGAUGCCUAAGUCCAUGACGAGCUUGAACUGUUCGGAGAUGAGGGCCGCAGGGCAUGGGGUCGAGGCUCAGUUUCAGCUUCCGGUCUCGGUCGAUGACUUCAUGCAGAGAUCAACGGACCAGCUUCUUAACAGGAACAACUUCACGAGUUUCAGUUUUCCUGCUUCUCAAGAAGGAUCCAUAAAACCGAUCAUACGGAGAACGAAGAAGAAUAACACGAGGUGUAAGCCCCUCCCUCCUUCAAAGAGAUUACGACUCGAGGCCCAGAGGGUCCUCAAGGAGAGGGUCCAAGAUAUUGCCGACAAAAGGGGUAUCAAGCUGAGGUUCUGCACUCUAAAAGAGUGUGAGAGUCACAUUAACUCACUCGACAGCCCAUGCGCGGGUAUAAGGAUGGAGAUUGGGUGGCCCCCAAGCGUCCCCUUUGUGCAUCCGCAUGAUCUCCCGAACAAGGCUAAGAUUGCUUUUCUUGAGACUUACGAGCCGGGAUGGUCCGAGACGAACGAAAUAGAGUGA